AAUAGCUGUCAUCAUUGCCAACGUUUGAAGAUUUCUCAGCAAGAUUAUGAGGACUAUCGUGCUCGCUAUGACGCUUUGACUGGUGAUUCUGUGAGAGUAGUCCAGUAUGCUCCUUACUACCAUCGUCAUCGUAGUCAUCAGGCUCCGUGGUAGAAGGAGGAGAUGAGCGGCCGAAAAAAUUGCUAAGAUUUUUGUUCAUCCCUUGUUGCACUGAUGAUGUUCUUGGGCUAAACUAAUUCUAAGCUUUGAAUGAAACAUCAUACAAUGCUGGAAUGCAAGCUUACGAUCACAUGAUAUUUAACUACAAAAAACCAUGCCUGCUUGUUUGCUGUUUGCUUGUUUAACCAAUGUCAUCUGCCUACGGUACCAUCGCCCGCCCUGUCUCUGGGCUCAGCCUCUCGUCUGUCUUACCUCGCCAUGCGACAUGCCGAAGCAAUGAAGCCCAAGGAAAUGGAAAGAAUGCAACCUUGUUCCGCAUUGCUUCUCAAAAGGAAACACUUGACAAUGAGUCACAGAUCUAUUCUUUAUCAGGUGCUACGCAUCAUACCUUAGUAGAGACUAUGCAUCAAGUAUUCAACGGAGAAGUUGAGCGUGGUGAUACUUAUCCUCAGGAGUUUGCCUUGGAUGAAACCCAUUUUGAAAACUACUUCUUCUCUGGAGAUUCAUUUGUAUUAGUCAAGGGCAAUUAUAAGCAAGCGUCCGAUGUUCCAUUGAGAAGUACCGAGGAUUGGGAGGAGGAACUUUUAGGCUUCUUUUACAUUAAGCCUAAUUACCCUGGCCGUUGUUCCCACAUUUGUAACGGAGGCUUCGUAGUCAACCCUAUCCAUCGCGGUCUUGGUAUCGGGCAGAUCCUUGGCAAGGCAUUCUUGAAAAUCGUCCCUGUCAUCGGCUACAAGGCCUCCAUGUUCAAUCUGGUCUUUGUCUCGAAUAUAGCCUCUAUCAGAUUGUGGCGCCGUCUCGGCUUCAAGGAAACUGGUCGGGUUCCAAAGGCGGGUCGCCUCCGUGGUCAAGGCCAAGAUAUGUCUCUUUCUAAUAGUGGAACCAGUAGUAACAAAGACAAUGAGGGUUAUGUGGAUGCGAUCCAAUUCUAUUGGGAUUUUGAAACCAUGGUAGUUCCUCCAGAAUACGACACAUAAAAAUUAACUCCCUUCCCAUCUCUGGAUUUUUUAUAUGACAUGUUUAACUUUCUGUAUUCAUGCAAAAAUAAAAG